AUGCAUUUUGGCAUUGGAGCAACGGCAGCAACAUCAGCAGCAGAUUGGGCCAGGGCAGCACUAGCAUCAGGACUGUCAAGCGCUGGUUCGCUCGCUUCUCAAGCGGAGACACCGACUGCGAAGACAAGUCCAGGUCACGAUGCCCCCACGCAGUCGAAGACUGCGUCAUUCUCGACGCUGUCAAAUAGGAAACAGGCCUCUUUGGCAAGCGUUAUCUUCCUAAGUGUUUUGGCAAUUCAGUGGGAACAACAACAUAAUUUGCCAUUAAAGUCACCUUUAGAACAUGUUCGAAUUCUCAGACCUGCAAUUCUUUGUUUUCACAGGGUCUCUAGGAACAGAGUCACGGCAGGUACAAUGCUGGAGAAGCGGAAGGAAAAUGAAGUUUCCAAUGUUUAA